AUGUCUUCAUGCACAGAAGCCGCCAGAAAUAGGACCCGGAUAUGGGCGAUUGGUAAGAUGUCGGGUUGGAAAAAUAGCAGUGCGUUAUUAACGUAUGUGAAAACGAAGGAAUUCUCAGGCAUAAAAUGGUCGAGUGAUGCUCGCAAACCUUCAACUCUGUACGCUUUCGUUGUCGCCGCGCUUGCUACGCUAUCUGUUCGCGGCCAAAGCACUACGUUCACGCCUCUAACGUAUGCUGGUGUUAACAUCGCCGGCUUCGAUUUCGGUUGUGGUACUGAUGGGACAUGCGACAUCACUCAAGCUGAUCCACCUUUGACCCAGCUGGGUGGUUCGGAUGGCCUCGGUCAAAUGACACACUUCAUCAACGAUGAUGGUUACAACAUUUUCCGUCUCCCUGUUGGCUGGCAGUAUCUCACAGACAAUGUAAUGACUGGUACUCUUAACGAGACCAUGUUUGCAAACUACAACAUGCUUGUCGCGGCGUGUCUCAGUACUGGCGCUCACUGUGAGAUCGAUAUUCACAAUUAUGCUCGAUAUGAUGGAGAGAUCAUUGGCCAAGGUGGACCUAGCAACGAGAUCUUUGCGGACCUCUGGUACAACAUUGCAUCAUACUGGAAGGACGAAUCCAACGUCGUUUUCGGAGUUAUGAAUGAGCCUCAUGAUAUCCCCGAUAUCUACACUUGGGCUCAAUCGGUUCAAGCUGCUGUAACCGCUAUCCGUACUGCGGGAGCGACUUCCCAAAUCGUUCUCCUUCCUGGUAACAACUACACUUCUGCAGAGACGUUUGUCUCCAGCGGAUCCGCUGAGGCACUCAACGCGGUGAGAAACCCCGACGGCACCAUCACAAACCUUGUCAUGGAUGUUCAUAAAUACCUUGACUACGACAACUCUGGUACUCAUGCCCCGUGUGUGACCAACAACAUUGCUGAUGCUUGGGAGCCCCUCUCUGUCUGGUUACGUGAGAAUGGCCGUCAGGCACUUAACACUGAGACCGGUGGUGGAGAUGUUACGUCUUGCGUUGCCUACGUUUCCCAGCAAAUUGCGUACCAAGCUGCAAACUCAGAUGUCAUUCUGGGUUACCUUGGUUGGUCCGCUGGUAGCUUCGCCACUGAUUACAUCUUGAGCGAGGUGCCAACCUACAAUGGUACCGGUUGGAACGAUACGUUGUUGGUGAGCGCUGCAAUGGCCCCAUACGUGAACGGCCUUGUGGCCUGA